CCUCCCUAUCUCGCGCCUUCCCUCUUGUCUCACCUCAAGUUGAUAUCGGUGUUGUUUUUGAAGCUAUGAUGGCGGCAGCGGGAUGCGGAUCAGCAACCGCGGCUGCCAUAGGAGGCCAAGUUGGUACUGCUGCACCCCGAGGUCGCUUCCCUGGUCGGCCUUGGUCGUCUCACAGCCGGUUGCGUUCUGAGAAGCGUUGGCAACUCGACCGAUCAGGGGCAGAAGCUGACGAUGUGACUAAUGCUGGAGGCCCAAGGCCCACAAGCCUGGUACUAUCGUUAAACGAGGACCAGUCUCAUUUGCGCUUACUUGGGAUAGAGUCGAACCACAAGAGCUUAGCGGAGGCUGGGUACAGCUCAAGUGGGAGCGAAGAGGUGAGAGCCCAAAUCGCUGCUGGAGAAGAUGAUUUCACAGGAUUUGAAUCUGAUCGUAAAGGAUAUAAAGGCCCUGUACGGUCCAGACAAAAUCCCUCCAAAAGUAAUCCUGUCAAAACAAAAUCAAAAAGGAUACGAGAGAAGCUACCUCUUGUAGUCACCCCAAAGGAGACAGAUGGGUCUCCAACUCCUAAAGAAGAUGCACCAUCUUCACAAGAGGUCCACUGUGCAAUUCCGCCUGAUGCAGUGCCUUCCAAGGAUGGUAGGAAGGGUUCAAAAAACAAGCACUCAAACCCAGCAAAGGAGAAGCGUCCUGCAAAAAACGGGGCAGCUAUAACUCCAAGGAUUACCAUCAAGUUGGUGGCCAAGAAGACGGUGAGAAAGGAAAAGGGAGGACGUCUAAAAUCUGUGGAGAAGCUGAAGGGAAAAGGAUUACAUUUUCAAUCAAAAGCUAAUGACGUCAAAGGUGACCAGAUCUCCUGUGCCCAUGUCAAAUUAAAGACAGAGACACAAGCUGAUGAGGCACAGCAUCUGAAUGGCACUGAGGAUGAGGGAGGAGGAGGAGCCAUACCGGCAAGGAGGCGUGGUAGAUCUGCCUCCAAGAUCACUGAACCCUGUGUUCAAAGGGGGGCCAAAGUUGGGGAUGUUGAUGACCAAAAAUCAGAGGGGGGUAUAAAAUCAACAGGCAAACAGGACAUUGCACUGGAAAGUGGAAAUGCAGAGCCAAAAACAGACGUUAAGAAAUUCAAACGGAAAGAAAGAACCACAGAGGUAAGCACUGAAGUCAAUAAACUGGUGAUCCGGAGAAGAAGUAGAACUACUAAUCCACCCCCCAAAACAAAUGAAGGCCUUGUAACAGAAUCAAAAAACCAGAGCAAUGAUAAAGUAUGUCUGGCAGAGUCUUUGUUAGAGGUUUCAAGAAUAGAGGAAGCCAAACCACCAUCCAGAAAGAGUAAGCGUAAACAAAGCAAGGCACAUCAAGAAGAGAAGAUGGUCACAGAAAUCCAUGUUCCAUUAGCCACAGAACCUAAGUCAAUUGUUGAAUCCAAUGACGGUCUGGCUUUUAAAAAUGACGAUGACAUAAUCGGGAUUCCAAGUUUUAAGCUGAUUAAAAUCAGAAACCCCAAAUUGGAAGGCUCAUCUCGUAAGAAGAAACGAAGCAAGUUUGUGUGGACACUUACAUUAGUUAAUGGGAAAAGAAAGGACACCCAAGUGCAGGGCUCUGGAAAUACUGUCAAAGGAACAGAGAAGCAGCAGAGUACCACUGAAUUAGACAAAGACUCUCUUUUUGAACCCUGUGUGAUCAAGAGUGUAGAGAACCCCGAAGAAAAAGAGGCCAAGAGUUUUACCACUUCCAGAGAUGCUGAGCACACACAUAAUGAGAAGUCUUCCAAGAAGAAGACUAAGGAGACUUCGUCUCUUGAGGAAAAGUCCUCUCUUCAUGUUGAAGUGGGACAGGUAAUGCAACCACAUCCAGAGGAGGCCACUCAAACUGACUGUGGUGAUACUGUGGCAAAGGUUGUUCCACCCCUUCAGAUAAAAAAGGUCUCCUCACCCGGUAAACCUAAACGCUCAAAACCAUCAUUCUUGAUCCAUCAAACUAGUCCUGCGCCGGAAGAAAAAAAGAUACUGGUUAACACAACAGAUUCAAGUGUAAUUCUGGAGGAAAAUGUUUUUUUAUCAGACACAAAUGCUGUGCCAACUCCCAAAGCAAGGAGGAGAAGACUGGCAAAGAUGUCUACACCACGGAAGAAGCGGGGAAGUCAUAAACCCUGGACAACCCACAAACACAAGCUUCAAUCAUGUCCAAAUGUGGAACAUCCAUCUGCUAUACCUGCCAGUGAAGCAGAACCACAGACCAAUGAGGUUUUGAAGACAGACAAUGUGGAAACCUCAGUCUCUAAACCUAGAAGGAGAAGAAGUUUGAGUAUUUCAGUUAGAAAGAGGCCAGGGAAGACACAGAUGUUACCUGAACUUGCUGAAUCUCCAAAUACAGAGUUAGCCCCAUCUGAACAGCAGACAGAGGAGGUCUCCACGUUGUCUUUUGUCUCUAAACCUAGGAGAAGAACUUCUAGCCUUUCAAUAAGAAAGAAGUCAAGAAAGACACCAUCUGAAACUCCAAACACAGAGAUGGCCCCAUCUGAACAGCAGACAGAGGAGGUCUCCACGUUGUCUGUUGUCUCUAAACCUAGGAGAAGAACUUCUAGCCUUUCAAUAAGAAAGAAGUCAAAGACACCAUCUGAAACUCCAAACACUGAGAUGGCCCCAUCUGAACAGCAGACAGAGGAGGUCUCCACGUUGUCUGUUGACUCUAAACCUAGGAGAAGAACUUCUAGCCUUUCAAUAAGAAAGAAGUCAAAGACACCAUCUGAAACUCCAAACACUGAGAUGGCCCCAUCUGAACAGCAGACAGAGGAGGUCUCCACGUUGUCUGUUGACUCUAAACCUAGGAGAAGAACUUCUAGCCUUUCAAUAAGAAAGAAGUCAAAGACACCAACAUCAUCUGAAACUCCAAACACCGAGAUGGCCCCAUUUGAACCACAGAGAGAAGAGGUCUCCACGUUGUCUCUUGUCUCUAAACCUAGGAGAAUAGCUUCUAGCCGUUCAAUAAGAAAGAAGUCAAAGACACCAACAUCAUCUGAAACUUCAAACAUAGAAUUAGCCCGAUCUGAACCUGUGACUUUGGCUGACACUCAACCAGCGGUAAAGGUGGAGCAAGAGACCCAGCCAAUAGAGAGUGGAAAGGUGCUGCUGUUGGAGCCCUCUGUUAUUGAAAAGACAGAACCACGCCGUCAUAGAAGUCUGUUCAAACAUGGCAAAAAGAAGCGAAGAGCCUUGAUUGGACAGAGGCAGAAACAGAAACAAAGGCAGAGGCCAAGAGGGAGAAAGAGUGAUGAGAGUAAAUCACCUGAAAGUAAGGUACUUGAAGCUGUUGAAGAGGUAGACCUAAAGGAAGUUUCCUCCCCAGAGGCUGCUUCCACACCGGCAAGCUCUAAACUCCUUGGCAUCCUCAAGACCAAGUACAGAAGGAAAAAGGUCCCCAAUUCAAGCUUUCAGUUCCUUGGUACCAAAAGACCAAGAGCCAGGCCUAAAACUCUAUCUAAGCAGGUAGAAAUGGAUCUCGUCCAGCAAAUUUUGGAGGAGCAGGAUAUACAAGACACUGUGGAUGAUGAACCACAGUCUGAUGCUUUUGAUGACCAGCAUGGUAAAUCAAAGUACCUUAAAAACAUAAAGCACUUCAUCAUGCCUGUUGUCAGUGUCCGGUCCUCACGGGUGAUCAAGACUCCACAGAGGUUUAUGGAUGAUGCUGGCAUGUCCGUUUUGCCUCGUAGAAACUCCCCGAAGAAAGGCCAACUAUUCGGCUUACACCCACGCACUGGAAGGAAACGAGAAGAUGGCACAGGUAGAGAGCUUACUCCUGAUCUGCCUAUCGACGAGGAAGAAUUUCUGAAUGAGGCUCAGUUAGAUGUCGAUUUGUUCUCAACUCAGGAACUCGAACAGGAAACCACUGACGUGAGUGACGGCUUAUCCUCCGGAAAGCAGUCUGGAAAGAGGAAGUCCCUUUUGAGGAAUCCCAGUUUCAAGUGGCAUGUGCCAGGAGAGUCUGGUGAGGAGGUUUAUACACUGGACAAAACUCUACAGAGCGAGUAUGAGACUUUACUUUUAUCCAAAGAAUUUCAAAUUGCUUCUGACCCAUCAACCGAUCCCCAGGAGGUUCAGAAAAAGAAAAGGUGCUACAAGUUCAACAAGCAAACAUCUCACCUAAAUAUGUACAAGCGACUGAAGAAGCUGCAACCAGGACUUCCCAAAAAGAGAAGAAAAAACGUGAUGACAGAUGGUGUUUGCAAAACUCUUCAAUCUUCUGUUCAUAUGCUAGCGGAAGGUCUGGAUGAUGAAGUCAAGAGCAUCUGUCUAAAGAAAUGUCCCACAAUCACAGCUCCAAGCAAACCCAAAUCAAAGCAAGGCAAAUCCAAGCUCAAGAUUGAGGACCUUGAUAGCCCUGGGGUUGUGCGAAAAGUCUCUGUGUGUGUUCGGACUAUGAACUCAAAGUUCUUAACAUUUCAAUAUGGAGAACAUGAGGAGUUGACAGAGGAAGACAAAACAAAUGCUGAAAAUGUUAUUGCAGAAGCAGGAAAGCUUGAGCCACAGGAACUGCAUCUGAACAUGAUCGCUGAGGCUGACCGUGCUGCUGCUGAGGAGAAAGGAGCCACCCAGAGAGUUCGCUUCACAGGGGCCAAUAAGAGGAUGUUCAAUCUGCUCAAGAAAGCCAAGGUCCAGCUCAACAAGAUUGACCAGCAGAAACAACUGAAGUCCUCAGGGCUUCUAUCAGGGCCUGCUGGCUCCAGAGAUGCAGCAGGGAAGAGACAAAGGAGGAAAUCGAAAGAGCAGCUUGAGCCUGCUGCCUCAAACAUGACUGACCCUCCCCUGUCACAGGAGUUCCGCAGAGCGGGGGGUCCACGCAUCAAGCAUGUGUGCCGUGCAGCAGCUGUGGUGCUGGGCCAGCCUCGUGCGCUGGUGUCCGAUGACAUGAUCCCCAGACUCAGUGCUCUGCCUCUGCAUGAGAGAACUGGCAUAUCCCCCUCUGGCAAGAACCAAGGUGGUGAGUCUCUCUCUGGUCCAGACAGCCCUGGGCUGCUGGACCAAAAGGUUACCAAGGUCAGGAAGUCGGGAGCAGGUUUUGCUAAACAAAAGAGCCUUGCACCAGUUGGACUCCGCUCUCGGAGGUGUGGGAUCUGCAAGGGCUGCAACCAUGAGGAGGACUGUGGCGAGUGCAUGAACUGCCUGGACAAACCCAAGUUUGGAGGGCCCAAUACGAAGCGACAGUGCUGCAUAUAUAAAAGAUGCGAUCAGAUUGAAGACAGAAAAGCACGUCGUUUGAGUGGCAAGUUCCCUGGAGGUCCUGGGAAGCGCCCGCGGCACUCCCUCAGCGUGGUUCAGUCUAGCAAUGAGGAAGUUGAUGGGAUGGAGGUGGGGGACAGCCAGAGCCCAUCUGUGAGGAAGCAGCCGCGGCGUUGUGUGAAGCCGCGCUCCUACUUUGACCUGCUGGACUAUGACUCCGACCUGGAGAUCACUGUGGGCUCCAACUCUGCCUCCCCCGGCCGGAGGAGAGGCCCCGGCCCACGCAUCCGAGACUUUGUCUCUCUGGAUGGAUUCCUGGGAGACCUAUCGGACGACGGUGUGAGACAUCGCAGGCUGCACCACCGUGUCCCUCCUGGUCGCCGUAAAACUGACAAGAAUCCUCUGGAACAGACGCCACCUAGCGUCCUGGCCGCCCUCGCCAAUGGAUUUGACCAGAGGGAGAGGGAGCCCUCCGAGCCUACGCACAAGAUCGGCGUGGACUUCAAGGAGGACUGUGACCUCCAGAACGUGUGGAUGAUGGGAGGCCUGAGUAUCCUGACCUCUGUGCCCAUCAUGCCCCCCUGUGUCUGCCUGCUGUGUGCCAGUAAAGGACAACAAGAGCAAAUGCUGUACUGCCAGGUGUGCUGUGAGCCCUUCCACCGGUUUUGCCUUGAGCCAACAGAGCGCCCCUCUGAGGAGAACUGGUGCUGUCGCCGCUGCAAGUGCUGCCAUAUAUGUGGCAGAAAAAACAAGCACUCCAAGCCUCUGCUGGAGUGUGACAGAUGUCAGAACUGUUAUCACCCUUCAUGCCUGGGUCCUAACUACCCCAAACCCAACAGGAGGAGGAAGGCCUGGGUGUGUAUGACGUGCAUCAGGUGUAAAAGCUGUGGGGUUACACCAGGGAAGAGUUGGGACACCGAGUGGAACCACGAUAAAGGACUCUGUCCAGACUGCACCAAGCUCCACGACCAAGGCAACUACUGUCCGAUCUGCUUCAAGUGCUAUGAGGACAGUGACUACGACAGUCAGAUGAUGCAGUGUGCCACCUGUAACCACUGGGUCCAUGCCAAGUGUGAGGACCUGACAGCUCUGCUUCCUCUGUCAUGGCGUCUUCAAGCUCACCCAUUAUGCAGUUGGACCUCACUUCCUAUGAGAACUGUGAACCCACCGAGGAGAGACAUGACGAUCUUUACCGCUGCAGGUGACCUGUAUGAGAUUUUGUCCAGCCUGCCAGAGAGUGUGGCGUAUUCAUGCCGGCCCUGCAGCCAGUCCCAGCCCAGCGCCUGGAGGGAGCUGCUCCACAUGGAGCUGAGGGCCGGGGUAGAGAAGGUGCUGGCCUGCCUGCUCACCUCCACUCUCACCCAGCACCUCAUCACCUGCUCACAGUGCGUGACUCAGGUUGACCCUGACAGUGGAGCGGAGGGCCAGCCAGUCUGUGACCUCCGUGCUGUGGGCAAGAAGUUUGACAAAGGCCUCUACACCACCCUGAAAUCAUUCCAUGAAGAUGUGGUGCAAGUGGUGCGGAGGCGUCUGGAUCAGGAGGAGUCUCUACCGGAGGAUGAAAGGCCCACAGCCUUGGCCCGCUCCUACUACUUGAAGCUUCUGGAGGAGGUCUUCAACUGGUUCAACAGUCAGGACCCCAAAGUGUGGGACCCCCGAUCCAAAGACCUGCCUAUUGGGAUGCUGUCCCAUGCGGUUCAGCCCCCCACUACUGAGCAUGUGUAUGCCCAGUGGCGUGAGAGGGAGGAGCUAAGGUCCAGGGCCCCUCUAGGGGCCCUGCAGACGGAGAACGUUCCACGCCUGGAGGUGAAACAAGAAGAGGUGCCUCACCCCACCACCCCACUGAUCACAGAGCCAACCAGGGGUCUCCACUUUAGGAAGAACAGGGAUUUCAGGCUUAAUAAACUCAAAGGGAAAAGGGGAAGAGCCAGACUGCAAUCCAUGUCUGAGGGACGUCCAUUCAAGUCUGAGGGACGGCUGUCCAAGGCUGACCUAGACACGGGGUGGUCCAAGGACGACAGGAGGCAAUGCUCACUGUGCCAAAAGUAUGGAGAUGCUAAGUCCAAUGAGGCGGGCAGGCUGCUGUACCUGGGCCAGAACGAAUGGGCUCACAUCAACUGCUCCAUGUGGUCCGCCGAGGUGUUCGAGGAGGACAAUGGCUCUCUGAUGCACGUGCACAGUGCCGUCGCUAGGGGGCGCUUCAUGCGCUGUGAGCGCUGUAACCAUACAGGUGCCACAGUAGGCUGCUGUCUGACCUCCUGCCAGAGCAACUACCACUUCAUGUGUGCCCGCUCCCGCAACUGUGUAUUCCAGGACGACAAGAAGGUGUACUGCUACAAACACAGAGACCUCAUCAGUGGCAAGAUCAUCACCGGCCAAGGGUUUGAGGUGAAUCGGAGGAUGUAUGUGGACUUUGAUGGGAUCAGUCUUCGCAGGAAGUUCUUGACCGGACUGGAGCCAGAAAACAUCAAUUUGAUGAUUGGCUCUUUGCAGAUUGAAAAGCUAGGUAUGCUGACUGAGCUGUCUGCAAAGCAAGGAAAACUCUUCCCAGUGGGUUACCGGUGUUCUCGCUGGUACUGGAGCACGGUGAACCCACUGCGGCGAUGCAAAUACACGUGUACGAUCCGUGAGGUCCGACCGCCGGUCCCUGAGAAACCUGCUGAAGAGAUGCCUGACAAAGGAGAGAAUAACACUAUAGCACACAGCCCCUGCGCCCAGUCAGAAUCUGAUGCCCAAGAGGUUGACGUGGCACAUUCCCGACCCACUACUCCCAGCUUCUCAGCUCCACUCCCAAAACCUGACCAAGGGGCAAGGCCCAAAAUCAGGAGACCAGCUGGAGGACUGUUCCGGCCUCUGCCCUCCCCAGGAGCUACCAAGUCCAAACCCCACCACAUCCUGACCAUCAGUGACCUGGAGGAGACACGCAGGCCUCGUCGCCACAGCCCCCACUCCCAAACCCGCAGGGACAUGUCCUCCCCACCCCUGGGCUCUCCAACUGGAUCUGGACUAAUCACCCUCCGCACUGGGGGCUCCAUGCAUCCCAAGGCCUCCGUGCCCACCUCUCCGCUGUUUCCCCUCGGUGCUACUGAUAUCCUGCUGACCUCUCCCUCUGCCCGCCCUGUCGGAGGUCGAAGUGCUUCCUCUGCCCGAUGCCCCGGGAACAUGACUCACUCUACCUCAGGACUCUUUCCCCAGCCACCGUGGGAAGACAGUGUGGGCAGCUUCCCUUCCCCUUGCCUGUCCCUCUCCCCAACCGUCCAGCACUCCCCUAGACCCAGGCUGUCUUUUGACCUGAACCAGUCAGACUCAGUGGAGGUACCACACAACUUCCUGGCCUCCCCAGAACCGGAGGAUAACCCUGCACCUAACAGCACCUCACCACUUAGGGGCUCUUUCACACAAUUCCACGAGGACUCUGACGUGGCCAUGGUCUCCGAGUUGAAGACUGAGCUUGAGAUUGAGGAGACGCUAGUGAAUGAGGGAGUGGCCAUGAACUGUGGCGCCCAGAUAGACGUGGAGGGCGACGACAACCAAGAGGAGUUCUGGGAGCCCGAGGUUCGCAAGACGAAGACCCGUACAGCCCUGACCCGCUCAGCUGCAUCCACCAGGCAAGACUGGGGGAACACUUCUUCUGAUGAGGACAUGGAGCACUAUUUUGACUUCUCGCACACUGUGGUCAGUCGCACAGGCUCCAGGGACCCACCCCAGGCUCCUGCCUCUCCCUCUUCAAGAUCUAUCCCUCAGCUGGACGGCGUGGACGAUGGGACUGAGAGUGAUGCCAGCAUGACAACCACAGAUGGGGCUCAGAAACUGAAGAGAGCCAGUCAAGUUCAGAACCCAGCUCAAACGCAUGUUCUGCCUGAAGUAAAAAUCACAACAAAUGGUCUAAGUGCAGACUCUGGAAGCCCUGUCCCAGAUCAGUCACCCCUUAGCAACCCAUUCAAGUCUACAACCGGAGUUGUCCUCCCCGCUACAAAACCUUCCCCAGCGUAUAGACCCCAUGAUCCAUCCAAAGCCUUUAAUGCCACACAACUAGCUAGGACUGAAUUGGAUAGUGUGACCCUUGCGCCAACUGAGAUCUCACCAGAAGCUCGAAGACCAGCUGCAGUGGACCCAUCUACAACGUACAGCCCUGCUGAUGUGAAUACUACUCCCCUGCAGUUAUACGCCUUCCCAACUCCUCUAGAGCAAAAUAACUCAGUCCCCUCCUUAGACUCCCACGAACCAGUGCUGAUUGCACCCCUUCAAGGAACGCUGCUGGACUUUGUCCAUACUAAGGUGCCUGAUACGGUCUACCCAGAGGAUUUAUUUCAAGUUUCCAGUCUGGAUGUUGUCCCUGGGGCUCCACUUGUUCUUGAAAGGUGUGAUCCUCCCUCCCCCAGCACCUGUUUCACUGAACUGGUCCCUGUCCAGGUUGAUGCUCCCAUGGAAACCCAUCAGCCUCAAGACCCAAAAGACCUCUUCUUGGAUUCUAACAGCGGCCACUUUGUAUCGCCCACAGAUGGAUCUGCCAUUUACAUGAACCACUUGACAGAGAGUUCACGAGAUCCAUCGUUGAGCACUAGUCAGGGCACCCUGUUGGAGCUUCUUCAACCCUCUUCUCUUAUCUCCUCGGACUUCCCUAGCCCCAGCAUAGCCCCGAUGAACCCUUUACAAAUGAGUCCCUCUGUGCAGUUCUCUUUGCCUGGCUUUAACCCUUCAAGGCCACCUCUCACUAGCAUCUCACUACAACCCCUGACAUCCUCCCAAGGGUCAACAGUCUUGCAGCCCAUGGAGACCUUUUGUACCAAAUUACCAGCACCUAUUCCAGACAGUGCCCUUCCACAUUUGUCCUCUCAAAUUGAUCCCAUUUUAUCUGCAACAUCAAGCGUCAGUCUCCCAUCGUAUGGAUCAGUCUCUCUGCCUAUAUUCUCCACACAAUCCCAGGCCAUGGUCUCCACAGCAAUUACCAUUGUAUCCUCCUCUCCCUCCAUAUGCUCUCUCUCCGAUGCUCUAUCCACCCAGUGUCACCCCAUGCUCUCUCCGCUUCAGCCCUCCUCUGCCCCUGUGAUGAUUAACGGAUACAGCUCCACGUCUCUGCAGAAGGAAGCUGCCAUGGGACACACCAUCUCCAUCAACUUCUCCACCCCCAGGCCGCCACUGGAGCCCCAACAGACGCUGUUACCUCAGGGACUACCUGGCCACGCUAUCCUUACUGUGAAGGAAGUGGGUGGUCCCAACGUGGACCCUACACCUCACGUUCUGCUGGUCAACCGCCUGGGCCAGAUCUUUGUGAAGAACCCAGAGAGCAACACCUUCCAGCUGCCCAGUCAGAGCUCUCCCUCCUAUAACUGUGUCACUCAGAUAGCCAGCCUCCUUCAGAGCAAUGCCCUGUCUGCCACCUUGGCAGCAGCUGGUACAAUGUCCACCCCAGUUACAAUGACUGCCAUGCCAACCCAUGUCCCUAGGAUGGCCACGCCUGUGGUUCAGAGCCCAGGUACCAUCACUCAACUGCUCACUCAUAACAACAAUGGGACAGUUGCAGCGGUCAAGAAAUCCAGGAAGAACGCAAGCACAUCUGCAGAUGGAGCUAUACCAGGGAUGAAGAAACCCAGAAAGAAGAAAGAACCUUCCACAACUUCUAGGAGAAAGAAGUCUGACAAAGCUGCAGACCUGUUUGAGUUUGCUGGUCAGGACGGGAGUUCCUCCAUGACCAAGACUGAGAGUGCCCAAGCCAUCAUCAACCAAGCCAUGGCCAGUAACUACACCCCCAACCGGACCGGUCCACGCAUACUGAGUCCCUCCACAUUCCGUAACAACCCUUCCCUGAAAUCUGUGGUCCUGCCCCCAGGACUAAUCAUCGAACCCAAGCCCGCAGCCACCACACUGUCUGUUUCAACACCCCGCCCUCCUCGUGCCCAUGUCCGUAUGAAGAGGGUGUCCUCCCUUUCAGAUCGCAUUGGUGCCACAAAGAAGUCCAAGACAGACUUCCUAGAGCCAGAGCCCCCUAGUGCUAAGGAGGACCUGCCAGUACCCAAAGACAGCUUUGCUGCUGUCUCCAGCAGGGCCGGGGGUGUUCGCAUUAAAACCCCAACGGUGAAAGGUGUGUUGGACCUGGACAAGCUAAAGGAGGAGCACUUGAGUGACUCUGAAAGCACAAGGCCAGGGCCUUGGGACCGCCUGUCUAUACCUCGAUUUGGGGGGGACAUGGGCAAACAGAACUGGGACGCAGUGGGCCGCAGUGCCCUGACUGACUGGAACAAAUACUCAGGUGCUGUAUCGUGCUCAGAUGAUGAGCUGCUGCCAUCAGACGAGGACGAUGAGUGUCCCCCCAGCCAAGACCAGCCCCACCUUCGCUUCGAAAUCAAAAGCGAUGACGGCUUCAGUGUGGAGGCAGACAGCAUAGAGGUGGCCUGGAGGGCAGUGAUAGACUGUGUCCAGGAGGCGCGGGCAGGGGCCAGGCUUAGGCAGCUGUCCUUCUCUGGGAUGACAGGUGUCCGUAUGCUGGGCCUGCUCCACGACACUGUGGUCUUCCUGGUGGAGCAGCUUCAGGGGGCCCGCCGCUGCCAUAGCCACGCCUUCCGCUUCUUUAAACAGAUCAGCCAAGAGGAGGACCUGCCUGUCAACCCCUCUGGAUGUGCCCGCUCUGAGGUCUACCUCAGGAAGUCCACCUUCGACAUGUUCAACUUCCUGGCAUCCCAGCACCGCCAGCUCCCUGACAUCAACCCCUACGAUGAGGAGGAGGAUGAAGUCCCACUCAAAUCCACAAGACGUGCCACUAGCUUGGAGCUCCCCAUGGCCAUGCGCUUCAGACAUCUAGAGAGGACAUCUAAGGAGGCUGUAGGCGUGUACAGGUCUGCUAUCCACGGUCGAGGUCUGUUCUGCAAGAGGAACAUCGAUGCUCAGGAGAUGGUCAUUGAGUAUGCCGGCAUCGUCAUUCGCUCAGUGCUGACAGACAAGCGGGAGAAGUACUACGAUGGCAAGGGUAUCGGCUGCUACAUGUUCCGUAUCGAUGACUUUGACGUGGUGGACGCCACCAUGCACGGCAAUGCGGCGCGCUUCAUCAACCACUCGUGCGAGCCCAACUGCUACUCGCGCGUCAUCAACGUGGAGGGCCAGAAGCACAUCGUCAUCUUCGCCCUGCGCAAGAUCUACCGGGGUGAGGAGCUCACCUACGACUACAAGUUCCCCAUCGAAGACCCAGCAAGCAAGCUCAACUGCAACUGCGGGGCCCGGAAAUGCAGACGCUUCCUCAACUAGGGGCAGGAGGAGGACUUGGUACUGCCACAGUCUCUGCAGGGGGAACAAGGCACAAGGAAAGGGGAUGAGAGCAGAGGCAACAGAUGAAGAGGUUAAAAGCCUUAAAUUAAGGUUUUACUGGGUUGGGAGGUGGGGGAGGAGAAAAUACAGGAAAGGAUGAGCCACUACGAAGAGACUGGGAGAGGAACCAGGGCCAGGAGAUGGGGGAGCAAGAGAGAAGAGGCCACACAGGGACAUGUAUCCAUAAGCCCACAUUGGAUCCUAACCGAUAUGCACCUGCCAGAGGUUGGGCAAGUUCGCCACAGGAGAGAGCGGAAGUAGCUACCGUUAUAGCGUGGGUUGUUUCUUGAGAACAGGAUACUGAACGCUGCAGACAUCUUCUGGUUAUGUUGGUUCUAUGUUGCAUGAAGGUAUUUUCCUUGACGCCAUAACGUCAAGCACUUUCUGUUGAAAUAAGGGUGGACCAGAAAAGCUAGACAUGGAGAGAUUCCUCAUCUUUUUUUGUCGGGGGGGUAGGGGGCGAUUUUUUUUAAUUUUGACACCCAUAAUCAUGUUGGCUCCAUCCUCUACAGUUGAUCCCUUAGCCAUAUCUCCAUCUUUACUUGAUUUAUGAAUCAUUGUUUUAUUUAUUUGAAAUUAUUUUUCACAGAGCUCAUCAUGCGUCAGGUUGUACAUAUUUGCUUUCCGUUGACUUCAGAGAACCAUGGUGCUAGAUAUGAUGGGCCAUAGGCUUUGUGGCUCCUAGGUGAGAGACCCUGCAAAUAAUACCUAUUUUUUUAUCCACUCCCCUCUCACACAGACCGGGGAAGGGACCUCCAUUAUGUUCAGUUAAACGGUUAGAUAACGGUUAGUGUCACCCUUAAAGAGUUUGCUGCAGCUAAAUCAUAUCUUUAAGAACUUUCCCUUCAACGUUUUUGUAUGUAGCAAACACUACCCAAUCCAAGAGUGACGAGUUUAGCUGGAAACCUCAGUGCGUCUUUUUUUAUUUAAAAAUAUAUUUUAUUACUAUCAUGGCAAAUGCUGAUUACCUUUUGCAAUAAUAUUAGGCCUACUGCUUUGCUGCGCUUCAGUUGCACAUCUUUAGUGAACUAACAAAAUCCAGACUCCAUAUUUCUCAAAGUACUGACUUCUCUCUGACAUUCUCUGCAAUCCACAAAGGGUGGAACACUGUGUUAGACCACUAAGAGAUGUGUUAUAAACUCUAUAUAUACCCGACUGUGUGGACUGACAGCACCCCUAUGCACUGGAGAUCUCAAGCAUAGCGUUUGUACUGUACUCAGCACCUUGACGUUUGUUGUCGUACAACUUUAGAAAAGGCUGUCAGUCAGUUCAUUCAGACAUAUUAGGACAUGAAAUGUACACCCUGUUGUUCACAUCUUUACAAUAAGAGAUUGCUUGAGCUCUAGAAUAGUUGUAUUUAUUCAUGUUUCUGUUCAGAUUUUGGACUGGUGAAACUAGCUGUGCUUUGUAUAAAUGGUGGUCUAGUGGGAAAUCUUCCUCCCCUCGUUUCCUCUUUUUGUUUACUUUGUUACUUCUUUCUCUUAUUUGAACCUUGAUGUUUGGGGACAGUUGUGUAUUACAUUUCAGCCUUUACACAAGACAUUGUCCUAAAGCAGGUAUUUUUUUAUUUGUUUUUGAUUGUAUUUCUUUGUUCUGGAAUUUAUGGAGAAAGUACGGCAGGCCAUAUAACAGGAGAAUAUCAAGCAUUUGAGUCCACGCUGUUCUUCCCAUCUGCGUGCUACAGAGAACCCUUCAAGAUAGCGAUAAUAAUCUAAAGGAAAUGAGCACUGUCCUUUUGAAAUGUAAUAACCAAUUAGGAAGAGCUUAAGCCCACCAGCCUGCGUGACCAAUCAGUGAGAUGGAGCCUGUAUUCCCAUGUGUCAAUCAUCUAACAAUAACAGGAUGCAUCUGUUUCAGGGAUACGGCUAUCCUUAACCUUGCUUCCUUUUCCGCUGAAAACCCCGCUCAGAGCAGGUUUCUCUACACCCACUCCACUCCCCAACCUCUUGCCAGGAUUCUACCUCAGUUGUUCUGACAGAAAGAAUACUAAUGCAAAAAAGAGGAUGUUGACAAUAUAAUAAGAGUAACUUGGUUUUAAUGUCCUGCAGAGCUGGCCUGUGUGUUCGAUGAAGCAUGCAAAGCACUAGUUGGAAACCUGAAGUUACCAUGACGAUCUCUCCCAGAAAUGGUUCAGAAAGCUGUAUGUUCUAUAUGGUAGGGUUAUUUUAAAAUAUAACAAAGUGUUAAAGACAUGAAAAUGUGUGUGAACUUGUCUUUGUUACCUUGUACAAAUAAGCCCUGAGUUUGUAAAUAAUUGUAUACAUAUUUCUAAACCCGUUUAAUUUUUCUAUGCACUUUUUUUAUUUAUAAUGUUAUUUGCUUAAUAAAGAUGUUAAGAUGUUUGAACAAA